AUGGUGGACGAAAGUGCCGCGGUCCGUGGAGUGGCGGCCGCUUUUCUGACGGUGGCGAGCAUCGCGGUCAUCCUGCGAUGCUAUGUGCGAUUGUGCAUUGUCAAGGCGUUUGGCUGGGAUGAUACAGUCAUGAUCUUCUCUAUGUUAUUCUAUGUCAUGUUUUCCGGAUGCAUGAUCGGAGGUUCUCUCUGGGGAACAGGAAAGCAUCUCGUCGAUUUGACCCCAGAGCAUAGAGCACGCGCUAUGGAGUACUGGUUCCUCUGCGACAUUGGCUACGCCAUCUCGUCCAUUCUCUGCAAGAUAUCCGUCGCCAUCUUCUUGCUGCGCGUCAUGGUUCGUCCGUCUCAUAGGCGGAUUAUGUACGCAGUCACCGCGCUCACGGUCAUCGUUGGCGUCAUCUUUUUCGUCUACAUAAUGAUCCAAUGCUCGCCGGUAUCCUAUUUCUGGACACGGAUGCUCGGCGAUACCUCCGGCAAAUGCGGAUAUGUCGACGCGAUCAUCAUCAUGCUGUACCUUUUCAGCGUGUCUUCUGCGAUUUUCGACCUGACUGUUGGCCUGCUGCCUAUCUUGCUCGUGCGCAAUCUGCAGAUGAACAAGCAGACUAAGAUUGCAGUGGCGGGUCUCCUGGGCAUGGCGUGCAUAGCAAGCGUUGCCAUUAUAAUCCGGAUUCCAUUCGUCCAAACCAUCCGCGAUCAAGAUUUCCUCUAUGCAACCGUCCAGAUCGCAAUCUGGUCCAACAUCGAAACCGGCCUUGCCAUCACAGCCGGCAGUCUCGCCACCCUCCGCCCUCUCUUCCGCAUCCUCCACAGUCGCAAUGGCUCCUCUUACCGCAUCUUCGAUUCCUCCGGCCCCAGAGCAGGAAGCGCCAGCACCAGUUUUCCCUGGGACGUCCGUCAUGGAACCACGACCUCGGUGGCGAGAAAUGAUGCUGCGGAGUUCAUGACUGAGAGCACGGAGCAGCUGAAUGGAAAGUCACCCUCGGUGCCUACGCGGUCUUUGUCUAAGAUUGGUGUACAUCGGACGUUUCAGGUUUCGACAUCCCAGGUGGGCUGA